GGGCACGAACAAGGGGGAGGUCCAGAUCUGGGACGCGGCCCAGUGCCGGAAGCUGCGGACCAUGACGGGCCACCGCAGCCGCGUGGGCACCAUGGCAUGGAACGGCUACGUGCUGUCCACCGGCAGCCGCGACCACAGCAUCCUGCACCGGGACGUGCGCCAGCAGGCCCACUACAUGUCAAAGCUCACGGGGCACCAGCAGGAGGUCUGCGGCCUCCGGUGGUCCUACGACGAGCAGCAGCUGGCGUCGGGGGGCAACGACAACAAAGUAUCCCCAGCGCCGCCGCGCACGCAUCCCGCCGGGAGCGGCCGCGGGGGCGCCCCUCGGAGACGGCCUCGCCCCGGGCGCGCUCUUCGUCUCUGGCGGGAGGCCCGCGGAGUUCUGCGGCUCAGAGGGGGACGAGGUGC